CUGCUAGCAGGACAGCAUCACAUGUUUAGGCUGCUGCCACUGUAGUAUAUGAAUGUAUGGGAUAUGAUGCCGUAACAACCUGCCACGGUCAUUAUGUUGUUUUAUUCUUCUCUAACCAGUUACUUAGUGGUUAAUGUGUUACAUACAUUGUAGUUGAUCAUGAAUAUGUGAUGAAAUGUCAGUGUUGAUUGGAUCCAGUACGGAAGCUGGUAUGUAAUGGGAGAUUAUUACUGAUAAACACCAUGUUCCCGAUGGAGAGUGCUGUGACGCAGCUGCGUCCAGAGACCAUCGCAAGACUGGUGGAUGAGGCAGAGGAGAGGCAGUGGGCACAGCUUGGAAUCCCCGGACAGGAGGAGGAGGACUCCCCAUCCCCCAUACAUGGGUCGGCACAACUGGGAGUUGCGCUACUGAGACAUGGCACCUGUGUCAAGAAAAUCCAAUCCUAUUUCAGCCAUCUUGAGUCAAGGAAGUGUUGCCUGUUGCUGGCAGGGAGGAAGUCAACCUUCAGUAAUGUGCGAUUGGUGAGGAAUGAUGGUCAAGACAAUGGGCUGGAAGAAGGUGCGAUGAAGAGGACGAUCAUGUCACACACCAAGGAUGUGCAGCAGCUGGACCACAAGGAAUUCCGAGCUUUCAAACAUGCCUACCUCUGUGCAGCAUUUCCAGUUCUCGGAGCUCCAGACCCCCCCUCCCCCAUCUCCCCCUCCCCAACAACACCCACUCAUACCCCUCCCACUCAGAUCACCUACCCCCAGUCUAGCCGGUCCGAACGCCGUCCCUCCACCCCCCAGUCCCUGCAUGACAGCGGCGUAGAGGAAACAGACGAGGGAGCCAUGAUUCCCACCGAGACGCUGUGUGAACUGCUGCGUCGGGCGUUCCGUUUAUCAGCUGAACGCUUCCACCAGUACGAAACCAUGAUUGCUAAGUCAUAUCAAAAGAAAUCCCCACCGAAGCUGUUAGCAGAAGAGUUAAUGAGUCAGUUGACAGCCCUGGAGAACACCAGCAACACCUUCUACAGCCCUACUGCCUUUCUGUCCCGGAAUGGCUAUGACAUCUGGUGCCACCAGGAGAUGUCCCACAUCUCGGAUCUGCUCAACAAGUUCUGGCACUUCUCCCUGCCCUACCCCGUUGACAGCCAGCUGCACACCAAGGACCUUGCCACUGUCCACGACGACUACGAGAUACUGCUUUCUAAACUACUACUCUAUGAACAUCAGUUUAAAGUUGGAACAGACGACACCUCCAGUCCGCUCUUCUCACUGCUGUCUUCUGCUUCAAUGCGUCUACUCAGGGAAUUCGGACUUCGAUAUGGCAUCGGAGAACAGUACCGCAGGGUGUUAUACCUCCGUCACUUGAUCGAGAUCUUCUCUCCAUCCGUGUGGUUUCUUCAACACAUGACCUCGGUUGUUGCCAGUGUGAGGGACAUGUUUCCUAGCAACAAGUCACAACUCGUGAUGACGAAGAAAGAGUUUGUUCUGCUGGAUUGCUGCGUCAAGUCCAUCCUCGUCCAGGCAGCCAAGUCCUUCUGUCAGAUGAAGAGCAUAUUCCAAGCCAUCAGACCUGCAGAUGGAAUAGAUAUCCUGAUUGGACUGAUCUCCAUCACACUGGACCUGCGAGCCUACCUGACUCUUGAGAGCCACGAGACCCUGGACAUGUUCCUAUACAGAGCUGUGCAGGGUAUAUUCCGUCCAACAUAUGAGCGUUACAAGAUCCUGGCUCAGUCCGAGUUAAUCAAGAAGAACAAAGACAAGUUAAUCUGCCCUAUUCUGUUAAAUAUCCUGAUGGGCAACAUCCGUGACGAAGUGAUCGACUACCGCAACAACUACCAGACAUCGUUUUCACGCUACAUGAACAUAACCGAGAUUGCAGCCCAGGCUUUCUAUAUCCUGCUGAUGGAAGAUGUGGAGGAACUCUGCAAGGAGCAGACGGCAAGACAUGACAAGACCGUCCAUGAAAUCAACCUGCUGAUGCUAGGCCUGGCCUACAGACUUAACCGACUGGACCAGGACUGGGCCGAGUACAUCCCCACAGAAGCUCAGCAAUGGCGUAAGAGAUUUCUACGAGAAAUUGUGCUGUGGUCGACGUCGAUCAUGUUCCACGUGCAGGACCUGGUGACAGAGGCAGUGUCGGGAGAUGAGUUCGAGACGCAGGAGGUUCAUCUGAUGACUCCGCUGUCAUCCCUGACCGGGUCCUCCUACUCUGUCCAUCGCAGUCAGUCUUUGUUAGCCACAUCUCUCACCCCCUCCGUAAACAGCGCCUUCAGCAGCCUCGUGUCCUCACUCCGAUCUACGCCAAACAAGCAGGCUGCAAUUGCAGACUCUCCAUCCAGACAUCCUCGACAACCUGCAACCAUCCCAGAAACCUCCCCUGAAACAAUAAAAUCAGCUCAGACAAUUAACAAUGUCAACCCAAUCACACAACCAGAGAAGAAGGAGGUGAAGGUCGUUAAGAUUCGCAAGCAAGGGUCAUUUGAGACCAAGUCACUCAUAUCAGUAGAAGACCAUGUUGACUGUUUGAAGUCUAAAGGCCUUAAGCACAGUGCGUCCAUGCCGGAGAUGAAGGACAAGGAUGAGGAUGCUACGGAGCGCUUGUGGAUGACACAGUCAGGGGAGGCUGAUUCAUGCCCCUUCAUGCCCCUGCUCAACGAGAGCGAUGAAAUGAGCAGCAAUGAAGAGACUGGACACAGCAAUAGUGACAUCAAUGGGUCAGGACUGGUAUUCCAGGCUACGGUUCACAGUGAUGUGGAUGAUGAUGAUGAUGAUGAUGAUGAUGAUGAUGAUGAUGAUGAUGAGACAAGCACAGUGGCAUCUGAUACAGUGCAUUCUGACAAUGAAGAAGACUCGGAGACUGUAGGUGACUUUAAGUUUCCACCCAUACAGCAAGUGUCGUCUGGCCUACCAGGCAGCAGUAAGGCAUUUCAUGUAGAUGGUGCACAGGUUGAAGUAGAGCCUCAGGGCUUUGUGUCCCGACUCACAUCAGCAUUCAGACUGCCUAGGAAAAGAACGGUUUCAACUGGAACACAUGAAUCUGGCACGGAAUAUGAAACAAGAAGAUUCCAAGACUCACUUGAACAGUCGUACAAUUCUGUUGACCACUGCUUUGAAAGUUCUGAUAGACACGAGUUCUUGGAUUCUUUCUCCUCGGAUUUUACAAACGUUUCUCUCCCCACUCCCCCACCUGGUUCUGAUGCUAGCUUGCCAAUAUCAGGUUCUGCCAUUGAUCUGGUGGUGAUGCUCCAGCGUCUGGUUGGGAUUUCACGGACAAUGUACCAGAUCCUGUUCCCGACCUUGGAUGACCUUGAGACCCUGGAGGCUCUGGAUGGGGGCGAACUCAGUAUGGAACAGUUGGAGUUUCAUCAGAAGAGUGUUGCUGGGAAAGAAGAAAUAUAUGAGAAUUUCCUGACAACCAUCUGUGUGACGGCCUGCCAGUACGCGGACAACAUGCUGUGUCUCGACCUGUGUGGAACUCCACACACUGCGGCAAAAAAGCUCAUAGGACCCAAGCUCCUAGAGCACGUAACCAAUCAGCAGCAUUUAGGCCUUGUGUGGGGAUGUCGGCAUGAGCUGGAUGGGAAGAAGAACUGCUUUGAGUACCUCAACAAACAGACGGACUAUCUCUGUGACAGAUAUGAGCCAAUCACACAGCAGAUGUGUACGCGUAUCAACAAUGUGUCGGCCAUGUUGAAGUUUCUGGAGGUUUAUGAGCGUCGCCUGGCCAACACGUUCGGAGAGAAAGAUUUGUGGAUCAACUCUGACGACGUACACAGGAGCCGCGUGAACCCUAGGAGUGGCAGAGAGAGCUGCUUUUCAGUGGCAGACUUCAGCCUGGAGGAGCUGGAGAAGGACGAGUGGCGAGACCAGGAGGAGCUGCUGCAACAUCCGGACUCACCGCUGGUGCUCAAACUCCUCAACCCCCAUCAGAGCCACCUGCUGGCCAUACAGAAAGCUCAGUGCAGACUCAUGGCUUACAGGCUUAACUUGUUUCUCCAUGAUGCGCUGGCCCUGCUGAUGAAGCUGAAGCCUCCGAAUGUCUCCAUACAGGAUUGUUUGAAACCCGUAACCAACUUUCUCCACAAGUACAUGGAGAAACUUAGUGGCUGGCUUUAUAAAGACUGUUUCCAUCAGCUGUUAGAAUGUCUGUGGAUAUUUCUUGUAGAAGAUUUGGAGAUGGAAGCUGACAGACUCCGUCUGGAGGAAGACAACUCACCCUUCUGGGCACAGACAGUAUUACAGGCGCUCACGCACUUGCUGAAAUUUAUGAACAACUUUGGAAAAGGUAUCACAAGAAAUUUGCUGUUGUCCCAGGCUGAUGAGCUGGUCUUUAAGCUACAGCUAUACUCACUGUCCACACACCAGCUCCUGGCUCUCUACAGUAAACUUAUAGAUUACUCCCUGGGAGAGAGAGGCAUGUUCCCCCAUGAGAUUGAGAAGCCAGCACCGACUGUCAUACUACAGAAGAUCCAGAGAGAUCUGCAGAGAUUCAGGAAGUGUUUCUCUGGGAAGGAGCUCUUUCAGUGGAUCUUCCGAAACAGAGAACUCUUCUAUAGAGUUGAGCCGGUGAUGGUUGAACGCUUUGUACCGUUCACAAGGGACAUCGCUGUUGAGAUCAUUCUCAAGUUCCUAGAUCUGCGAUACAUUGUUGACCUUGAGACAGAGGACAGUCGGUCACCUAGUCCUACGAACAGUGGCACCCGAUACCCAGAUGUAAGCAUACACACCGAGUUCACUCACAUCUCAGACCUACGUCCAGAAACAGCAAGCACAGACCUCUAUGACAGUGAGCUGACUCCCACAGCCUCCCCCACCAUAGGCGCCUACCAAACCUAUAGCCACUCAUCUCUCAGGAACCUCGUUAGCAAUGGCAGCACACCAACCAUACCACAUGAUGACGAUGUGGCUCACAAAAGUACCUGUAACGAGGGCCAGAGAUUAUCACCUUGCCUUAGUGUUGAUAGUCAAGAAAAUCAGGAGUCUGUAUUAUAUGGUGAUACUUCCGAAUUGGAUAGUGCUGUGCCGAGGACUUUUGUUGGUCAUGAGUCAGGCAGUCUUGUGUCUGGGAUGACUGGACAAGAUCAACAUGGAAGUGGGGAUUCUAACCAUGCUGUACCUGCUCAGAGUGAAACAGGCAAAGACAUAGAACCAAAUCUGGACAGAAGAUCCCCCUGUGAUAUACCUGGAAGUUGUGAUGAGACAGUUUCUCUUCAGGGGCCUGCAGCACAUACAGCCUCAAUAGUCAGCCCAGCCUUUGAAGCACUUCCUAACCAUGGUGCCAAAUGUGAGGAAACACGACUACCGAUCCACCACCAGUUUAAGGCUGGGUCCAAACAGAGUAUAGCCUCGGGCUCCAAUUUUCUGGGGUCCUAUGAGAGUGGGUCAAGAACCAUGCCAAUGACCCUUGCUCGUCUGCAGCAACUGAGACAUGUGUCUGAGGGAACAUCACUAUCGUCUCUUUACACUCCUCUGUCUUUUCGUUCGGAUACUCCAUAUAUUGCAAUGAUAGAUUCAGCGCAGACAUUUUUCCAUGUUUUGCCACAUGCAGUGGAGGAAAGUGCCUAUCUGAACAAAUCUUCCCCUGCUUUUGAUAGCUAUAUCAAGGAGAACUCGGAAAGGUUCAAAACUCUCACACGGUCAAGGGAAACUGCAGAUAUGGUGGAAAAAUGCUUUCAAAAGAAAAUCAAACCUGUGUUUCUCCUCACUAUCUUGUAUGGUUUGAGGAAAAGUGACCCUGUUGCUAAGGCAUUUGUGAGGCAGCUGCCAGCUAAAGUGGUGGACAAGAUCAAAACUCAGCUCCAUAGUUGAUGAAUGAUGCAUCACCUGUAGUAUUAGUGGCUGUAUUUAGAUCAAGGGCUGUUUAGUAUUGCCAAACAGUACUAUACAAGAAGCCUGUUGGUUGCAUCCCUCUGGUCAUUGCUACAAUGUUGCUAAAAGUUAAAUGACACUACUCACUUUUAGAUACGUGCUCCACGACCAGGUUUCAUACAGCAUUACACAAAGACACUCUGUCUGGUUUGCAAAACCUGAAACCUUUGCUACUGAUUUGGUUUGAUAUAUAACCAUUUUUUGUUUCAAAAUAUAUGGCAGUAUUUGAAAUGCAGCAAUGAAAAUAUCAGUGUUUGGUCCAUCAGAGUAAAUAUCGUUACUGGCUCAAUUAAUAUUGACAAAUUGUGAGGUUGGCGAAGUUGAACAUUAGUAUUUAGCAUGACCUUAGAAUUUUUAGUGAAAAUUGUUAUGCAAACGCUCAGUGAGAGGUCAAGAAAACAUCCAAUUUUUUUCACUCCUGUUAUUAAUCAGUUUGCAUGCAGUGAUUUAUGUAUUUUGUUUAUCGAAAAGGAUGUUACAUUCCUGAUUUUGUUUAUUAUUUUUCACCAGUUAAUGAGGCACAGUUUUACUCUUACUUCAAAUGAUUAUGCUAUUAACUAAAUGGUUAGUUGGUUGGUUUGUUGUUUAAUGCCGCACUCAGCAAUAUUCCAGCUAUAUGAUGGCGGACUGUAAAUAAUCGAGUCUGGACCCGACAAUCCAGUGAUUGAUAUCACGAGCAUCGAUCC